CGGGAAUCUGCGAACUUGCUAGCUAGCUCACGGUGGUCUGGCCAGAGAAUCUGGCUGCCUUCCUGGCUGAACUUUUGGAAGUGACAGGUGCCCCAGUGCAUCAUGUCACGUCUCAGUGCAGCCUGGCAUAAACCGGUUAAAGGCCAGAGCAGACCAUCUGGGGUUUUCAAAGAGCUCAAAGACAUUGACAUAGAUGAAGAUGUCAGGACUGCUGUGCACCUCACUCUGGAGAGGUUUCAGCACAGUGACCAGAAAGAAAUGGAGUUUCCCUCCUCGUUCUCAAGCAGUGAGAGGACCUUUGUUCAUCGCAUGGCACAAUCUAUGGGAUACGUUUCUAUCAGCAGAGGGAAAGGGUCAAGCCGGUUCGUUACUGUCAGGAAGGAGAGUUCAGACAAACCACAGUCCGUAAUACCACUUGCACUUUCCCAUAAUUCAAUGUAUGUAAUGCGCAGUCAACUUCAAAAGUUUCCCAUCACCAAUAAGGAACAUGCAGACCUGCAGCCCCACAUGAAGAGCGGCAUGUCUUUGACUGUAGACGCUGACAACAGUCGUGACAGGAACAGGGCAAGUGGAUGCCUGAAAAAUGGAAUUCCCCAGGUGCCACAGAGGAGGAGUCCUUCGGAGCUGGAUGGCUUCCGGUGUUCCUUACCUGUGCAUGAAUGCCAGGAGGAGAUUGUCCAGCUCAUCAGGAAUAACAGGGUGGUUCUGGUGGUGGGAGACACUGGUUCUGGGAAAACCACCCAGAUCCCACAGUUCCUACUGGAUGACUGCAGCAGGAAUAGGAUGCCCUGUUGGAUUCUCUGCACACAGGCCAGGCGCCUGGCUGCCAUCACUGCAGCUGAGAGAGUAGCAGCUGAGCGAGGCGAGAGCGUUGGCCAGACUGUUGGCUAUCAGAUUAGACUAGAGAGCAGAGUUUCUCCUAAGACCCUGCUGACCUUCUGCACCAGUGGAGUGUUUCUCAGAACCCUGAUGGCUGGAGAUGCCAAUCUGUCAAGUGUCACACAUGUCAUUGUGGAUGAAGUGCAUGAGCGUGACGGUCUCACGGACCUCCUGCUGACAAAGUUGAGGGAUGUGCUGCAGAAGAUCCCUUCACUGAAGCUCAUCCUCUCUAGCGCUGCACUGGAUAUGGACCUUUUGCUCCACUACUUUAGUUCCUGUCCUGUUAUCCACAUUAAAGCAAGACUGUUGGAGGUGAAACAACUCUUUUUGGAGGACAUUUUGAGGCUUACGGGGUAUACCAACAAGGACAUGAUGAAAUACAAGGAGGAGAUGCAGAGAAAGGAGAAGAAGAAGAAGGCUUUGACCAAGUGGUUUAAAACUGUGGAGGACGCCUCUGCCCUGGAACUGCAGAGGAACAAGACAGAAACUUCUUGUGUCCUAGACAACAGCCUCCUAGAAGAGGUGGGGGCUGGUAUCUUCAAUGAGCCGAAUGAGAACGAGGGGACACACUUGGACAUGUGGCUGCUGAAGGAGAUGGACACCUGCAUUGCCAACAUUUUUCUCAAAAAAGAUGCCAAUGCAUUCAUUCAGCUUUUCAACCUCAUCGGCAGUGAAACUUUUGAUGUGGACUACAUGCACAGUGAGACGAGUGCCACACCUCUGAUGGUGGCAGCAGGUCAAGGUUUCCUCAGUCAGAUGGAGCAGCUGCUCAACAUGGGGGCCGACAUAAGCAUCAAGUCAUCAAAUGGCUGGACUGCUUUAGACUGGGCUAAACAUUUCCAGCAGAUGGAUGCUGUGGACCUACUUGAAUCCUACAUCCCCUUGCAUGAAUUGAACAAGGUGGAUGAGUCAGCGCUGAUGCAAUCUGGGAGUGUUAAGGUGAGCGCCGAAGACCAGGAACUGUUGAAGUUUUACCACCACACCUUUGAUGAUGAUCAGGUGGACCUAGACCUCAUCAUGCAUUUGCUGUAUAACAUCUGCUCAACCUCUGAGGAUGGUGCAGUUCUGAUUUUUCUCCCUGGGUAUGAUGAGAUUGUGGCACUCAGGAACCAAAUCCUAUAUGAUGACAGGAGAUUCACAAACCACUUUGAAAGGUAUCAAGUGUUCACCCUCCACUCCAACAUGCAUACAGCGGACCAGAAGAAAGUGAUGAAGAGCAGUCCGCCAGGAGUCAGGAAAAUAAUCCUUUCUACUAACAUUGCUGAGACGAGCAUCACUGUUGAUGAUGUGGUCUUUGUUAUUGACUCGGGAAAGGUCACAGAGAGAACCUUUGAUGCCCUCAGUGAGGUAACCAUGCUAAAGAUGGAUUGGAUCUCAAAAGCCAGUGCUCUGCAGAGGAGAGGAAGAGCUGGACGACGCAGACCAGGGAUUUGCUUUCACCUUUUCAGUCGUCUCAGGUUCAACAACAUGCGAGAGUUCCAGGUUCCACAACUGUUGAGAAUGCCUCUACAGGAACUGUGUCUCCACACGAAGCUGCUGGCCCCAGUCACCUGUCCUAUUGCUGAAUUCCUGUCCAGUGCUCCAGAGCCACCUCUCAUCGGUGUAGUCAGGAACGCCAUGCAGAUGCUCAAGGUGGUAGAUGCCAUUAACCAGUCUGAAGAACUGACUGAUCUGGGGUAUCACCUAGCUGACUUGCCUGUGGAGCCUCACCUAGGCAAGAUGGUGUUGUGCGCUGUGGUACUCAAGUGCCUGGACCCCAUCCUAACCAUUGCCUGUGCGCUGGCCUAUGGUGACCCCUUUGUUCUGCCCACUCAGCCCUCUCAGAAGAGGGCUGCUUUACUUGGUCGUAAGCGUUUCACUGCCACUACUCUCAGUGACCACAUGGCCUUGCUGCGAGCUUUUCAGGCAUGGCAGAAGGCCUGUAGUGAUGGUUGGGAGAGGUCCUUCUGUGAGAAGAACUUUGUGUCCCAGGCCAUCAUGGACAUGAUCAUCAGCAUGAGGACACAGCUGCUUGGACAGCUUCGUGCCAUAGGUUUCGUGAGGGUACGUGGCGGCAGUGACAUCCGUGAUGUGAACCUGAACUCAGAGAACUGGGCGGUGGUGAAGGCUGCCCUGGUAGCUGGCAUGUAUCCCAAGCUGAUUCAUGUCAACCAAGACCACCUGUCCAGUAACAAAGAGAAGAAGGUCCAUUUCCAUCAGACCUCCAUCCUUAGCCAAUUCCACUUCAAAAAGAACCCCUCAGACAAGGGAGAGAUGGCAUCAGUCCAGGCCCUACCCACAAAUUGGUUGAUCUACGAUGAGAUGACCCAAGGCCACAGGAUAGCUAGAGUUCGCUGUUGCUCCAUUGUGACACCCAUCACUGUGGCCAUAUUUGGAGGUUGUGCCAAUACGCCCCCCUCUGCCCUUGAGGAAUCUGCUGUCUACAAAGAUAGUGCACCGAAUGACAGUAGUGACAGUGACAGUGACGACCUAGCUCAGAUGAAGAUUGAUGACCGACUCAUCUUCCAGUUGGACAGAGAGGCAGCAGGACUGGUGUUUCAGCUGAGGCAGAGGUGGCACAGCUUGUUCCUCAGGAGGAUCCGUUGUCCUUCAAAGCAGUGGUCUCAGCAGGAUGAGGCCAUAGUCCACACCUUGGUCUCUGUGCUUGCAGCAGAGGAGAAGGCAGCAGGCUUGCAGCAACCCGCAGGCAUUGGCCAGCGGCCCCGCCUCAUGUUAUCAGAGGAGGGCCCCCAGACUGUCCCACAAAACAUCAAGAUCAGUCCACCGGUUUUCACAUCUACUAACACCAUCAGUGGCAGGAGAGAUGAAGGGUCUCUGCCCCUCAAUCACCCCUCAGAUGACACUCAAUCCUCAAGUAAUUCUGCAGGCUUUGACUUCAACAGCUCCACAACCACAACCCCACAGUCUUCUCCCACCUCUUCAGGAAAGCAGUUCUCCAAGCCACCAUCCCCACAACAAGCCUUGUCUUCACUACGGUAUUUCAUCAUGAAGAGCAGCAACCUCCAGAACAUAGAAAUUUCACAGCAGAAAGGUAUCUGGUCCACCACACCGAGCAACGAGCUCAAGCUCAACAAAGCCUUCCUGGAGAACACCACCAUAUUCCUCAUCUUCUCUGUCCAGGGUUCGGGACACUUCCAGGGCUAUGCUCGCAUGACAUCAGCCAUCAGCCGGGAGCACUGCCAGGAUUGGGGUUUCAUAGGGCUAGGAGGGGUUCUCUGCGUUGAAUGGAUCCGGAAGGAGAACCUUCCCUUCCAGUGCACCCGCCACCUCCUCAACCCAUGGAAUGAAAACAAAAAAGUACAGAUCAGCAGGGAUGGACAAGAGUUAGAGCCCCAGACUGGUCAUCAUCUGCUUCUGCUGUGGGAGAGAAACUUUGGCAGUCAAGCUCAGUAAGAGGUAGAACAUUGCCAACAAUGACUCAAUUCCUUUCUGCACUUUAUGAAACCCAUAAAAAGUAUUCACAUUUAUUCAGGGUGUUACAUGUUGCAAGGUCUUCUUGCCUGUAAUGAUCUUGAGUUGAUAGUGCACUUAGUAAGGCUUUGUUUCUCAGCAGGAGUGAUGGCAUUGCCAAAAUGCAGGUUUAAAAAGCAUGCUUUAAUUGCCAAAUUUAAAAGUACUGUUACCACUCACAAAAAUAAGUAAGUAAAAUAACUAGUUACUUUUUAAGAACAGUAAUUUAGUAAAGUAACUUGUUAUCC